CGGCAGUGACCGACGUGUUCUGAUCAGGAGCUGUUGGUGGAGAAAUCGAGCACCAUGAAGUGGCUCAUCCUGGCUCUGGUUUGUCUCCAGCUCUCAGAAGGGCUGGUGAAAGUCACUCUGAAGAAAGGAAAGUCUAUGCGAGAGGUGAUGAAGGAGAAAGGAGUUCUGGAGGAUUUUCUGAAGCAUCACAAAGUUGAUCCUGCCAGGAAGUACCACUUCAAUAAUUACAAUGUCGUUGAUGUACCAAUAGCCAACUACCUGGAUUCCUUCUACUUUGGAGAGAUCAGCAUUGGAACCCCGCCCCAGAACUUCUUGGUUCUCUUCGACACCGGCUCCUCCAACCUGUGGGUUCCAUCUACGUACUGCCAGACUGAGGCCUGCUCCAAUCAUGCAAGGUUCAACCCCAACCAGUCAUCCACCUUUUCCGACAUUGGAGAGACCUACACCCUGGACUAUGGGUUUGGAGACGUGACUGUGGUUUUAGGUUACGACACGGUGACAAUCCAGAACAUCGCCAUUGAGAACCAGGAAUUUGGUCUGAGUCAGGAUGAGCCUAGCAGCCCCUUCUAUUAUACGUAUUUUGAUGGGAUUUUGGGAAUGGCUUAUCCUCCCGUAGCCAUACCGGGGUACAGGACACUUAUGCAGGAGAUACUGCAGCAGGGCCAGCUUACUGAACCCAUCUUCAGUUUCUAUUUCUCACGGCAACCAACGUAUGAUUACGGAGGGGAAGUCAUCUUGGGCGGCGUUGACAUCGAACUGUUCUCUGGCCAGAUUACCUGGGUACCUGUUACCCAAGAAGUUUACUGGAAGAUUGGUAUUGAAGAGUUCGCUAUCGGACAGCAGGCGACUGGCUGGUGCAGUCAAGGCUGUCAGGGCAUUGUGGACACCGGGACGUUUCUGCUCACCAUCCCAGAGCAGUACAUGGGGGACUUCCUGCAGGCUGUGGGUGCUCAGGAAUCCAGUGGAGAGUACCUGGCUGACUGCAGCAAUGUCCAGAACAUGCCGACCAUCACCUUCAUCAUCAACGGAUCCCAGUUCCCGCUGCCCCCCUCCGUCUACAUCCUCAACAGUAAUGGCUACUGCAGAGUUGCGGUUGAAACCACUUACGUAUCUUCUCAGAAUGAGCAACCAAUCUGGAUCCUGGGUAACAUCUUCCUUAGGGAAUAUUAUUCUGUCUUUGAUAUGGCUAACAACAGAGUAGGCUUUGCCCCAUCAGCCUAGCCAAACCAGGCCUCACCAGAACCGGAUGAAGACAUUCCCUUUCCUGUCUAAAUCUUCUCUCCUGGACACUGUUGGAAUCAGGCUGAGUUCAUAUGGACAAAUUGAAUCAUUCUUAAUGUACCUCGCAUAUAGCCGUAGCUUGCUUUUGCCUUGUGGGUAACAAUCAGUGCUCUCUAAAUGUAUUAUUGCGAAUAAACUGCAAAGAGUCAAAUUCC